UUAUAAGCAUUGAUCACUAUGUUUCAGAUCCAAUUCUCGGCUCCGAGAGAACUUGCGUUGCAUUUAUAUUUGAAAUCGAUGAGGCCGUCACACGUCAUCCUUCACUGCCGCAGAAGAACUGCUGAACCAGCGUCAUUAUGUCUGUCAGGACAACGCAACGUCGAACACCAGCUUUUCAGAUGAUAGACGGUGUGCCAAGGUGCAUCGAUGUAGACCCCGGCACCCUCAGAGAAAACUUGAAGUUCCGAGCUAAAGAAGGAGAUAUCGUGCAAUGCACGUUCCCCAAGAGUGGAACCAACUGGAUUCAGUACAUCACCCAGCAGAUUUUAAGGCGAGGCGAGCCAAUGAAUGACUGCCGGGAAUUCUGCGACGGCUGGCGUUUCAUCGACUAUAUGAACAACAAAAACUGGAAGUCGCCCUACCCACUAAGAUCAUUCUCGACGCAUUUGCCCUUGCCCAUGGAACGUGUCAACGAUGAAGGCAAGUACGUUUACUUGGCUCGCAACCCUUGGGACGUGUGCGUGUCGUUCUACAAUAUCGCGACCAGAAUAAGCUACUAUGAUUUUCAAGACGGCACCUUCGAAGAAUUAGUAGACGCUUUUCUCAGCGGGAACUUUGGGUACGGUGACUACUUCGAGCAUGUGGCGGCGGGAUAUGCGUUGCGCAAUCAACCGAACUUACUAUUCCUUACCUACGAGGAACUCAAGAAAAACACUCGAGACGUCGUGCUCAGGCUGGCGUAUUUCGUGGGUGAAGGCUACGGACGGGUCCUAGAGCAAGACGAAGAGCUGCUGAAGAAGGUGCUUCAGAGCUCAACGCCGGCGCAUAUGAGGAGCGUAGUAGUGGUUGACCUCGGCAGCGAUUGGCACCCUGAGUUGAGACUGUCACCGUUGCGAGGGAAGGUCACUUGCGAGGAGGGCUGCGGGGGCGAUAAAACUCAGUUCGCCUACGUCAGAAGCGCGAAGGUUGGUGGCUGGAAAGAGUACUUCACACCCGAAUUACUUCGACGAAUGGAAGCGAGAAUUAUUGAGCUAGAGAAGACGUCUUGCUUCAUGGACCUGUGGAAAGACUUCCGUGCCGAAGCUUGUAGGGUGUCUUCAAGUUGGAACUGA